UACCCGGUCAAUUUACAUACGCAUCACCGCCCACCGCUGGUGAGCAUGAGCAGCCAUCCACUCCAGCUGUCCUCUCAGACGGGGGAAAACAGGUUGGGCAAAAAGUUUGGGAGUGCGUGAAAACCUUGCUGAGUACUUCAAGCCGCAAAAACAAAAUCCCGGAGCGCACAGGGCUCUGACCCCGUUCGUUGGAUUAAAACUAUGGAUGCUUUGAAGUCGGCUGGGAGAGCCAUUAUUCGGAGCCCUAGUAUUGCUAAGCAAUCUUGGAGUUAUGGCAAACACAAAAAGCUGCCGGAGAACUGGACGGACACGCGGGAGACCCUGCUGGAGGGGAUGGUGUUCCAGCUGAAGUACCUGGGCGUCACACUGGUGGAGCAGCCCAAGGGCGAGGAGCUGUCAGCCGCCGCCGUCAAGAGGAUUGUUGCCACGGCAAAAGCGAGUGGAAAGAAGCUGCAGAAAGUGACGUUAGUAGUGUCCCCGCGAGGAAUCAUCCUCUACGACAGUGCCUCAAACCAGCUCAUAGAGAAUGUCUCCAUAUACAGGAUAUCCUAUUGCACAGCAGACAAGAUGCAUGAUAAGGUGUUUGCUUACAUCGCCCAGAGUCAGAGCAACCAGACCCUGGAAUGUCACGCGUACCUCUGCACCAAGAGGAAAGUGGCGCAGGCAGUAACGCUCACGGUGGCUCAGGCCUUCAAAGUGGCGUUUGAGUUCUGGCAGGCUGCCAAAGAAGACAAAGAGAAGAGGGUGAAGUCAGGCUCUGAUGGGGAAGGAGCUGGCAGCUCCCAGUCCGAGAGCUCAGCCAGCCUCAGCAGCUUAAAGAGAGGAGAGGUGGCCACAGGGACCCUACUGGACCUGGGGGAGGGAGCCAAAGAGGCCAUGGCGCACUCCGGCCCAGAGGGAGCACGCACUCGCAACUCACACACCUCGGAGAACAACAACACAGUAUGGGAGCUGGAAGAUGGACUGGAUGAAGCUUUUUCAAGCCGCAGUCUGGAUAGCUUUGAAUCUUCCACAGACUCGCUGAGUCUCGCACUAACCCCCAGGUCUUGGACAUUGGGGUGAGCCCUCAGGACCUCCAGGCAGAGGAGUGCCUGUCGCCUAGCCACACGGAGCAGGCCGACGGAGAGGAUGCUUUUGGCUUCUGACGUCUUGGACAAAAGGGAGAUGACUGAGGGGGAAGUACAGAGGAGGGGCUCGCUGCUGCUGGACCACAGAGAAGAUAUUCUGCCUUGCGCCAUCUAGAGGCUCUGGCUGGAAGCGCCUCAACCUAUAGGGCGUCACCUGAACCUCUGUCCACCUCCAGAACUUGAACCAAAGCAAAGCAAUACAACUGAUGUUUGUUUUAUCCCCCCAUUACUUUUCAAAUGUUGCCCCAGCUUUUGUUACAUACACCAAGUUACUUUUCCUUUUUAUUUUUGGAUUUGUUUUUAUUUGAAUCCAAUGAUUUUAUGUUUGUAUGUCCUAUGUUACUGUAUUUGUGUAAACAAUUUAUAUACAUAUAAAGAUAUGGCUUAAAAUGUAUUAUAAUUUAUCAGUUAUGCUGAGUGAUUGGUUGAGGUGGUUUUGAGAGAUUCAAGUAGUGGCUGCUACUCUGAAAAUGCAGGUCCUUCCAGAUGUGGAGACUGACGAUGAUUGUGUGUGUGUGUGUGUGUGUGUGUGUGUGUGUGUGUGUGUGUGUGUGUGUGUGUGUGUGUGUGUGUGUGUGUGUGUGUGUGUGUGUGUGUGUGUGUGUGUGUGUGUGUGUGUGUGUGUGUGUGUGUGUGUGUGCUUGCGCGCUUGUCGGUUGGGUUGAGGGUUUGCAUUCACACAGCAUUUUGCAUUUGUAGACUCUAGGGUGGCCUCGUAGUAGCCGUCACAAAUGCCAAAAGAUAAAUGAGAUAUUUUGAUCUACUCUUAAAACAAACUAACCUACCAAGGAAACAAGGCUACAUUCUGUAAAACUGUUUAAACACACCUAUGGUCAGUGCCAGGUAUGGCUUGCUGCAGCAUUAAACAAAUAUAAAACAUAAAAUACAAGAAAACUAUGGCUAUAGUUUAUACUGUAGAAGAUAACCUUAUUUUUUCUACAAUGAAUAUUUUUGCACUCCCUUCUUUACCCCACAGUCUCUUUUUAUAUAGAGUUAACUUAAUUCAUUGUAGUUUCCCUCGAGCUCAUCCCUCUCUCACUCUUUGACUAUUUAACCAGUCAGAAAUGAUUUAUUUCUCACUUUGCUUACAGACAACAAAGGCAUUGUUUAUCAUCAAUACCAAGCAAGUGGGAAAUUGGACGAGAUUGUAUCUUCCGAAGAUGAAUUGAUUAGUUCAUGUGGAAAGCAUUGACCUCGUGUUGGGACUUGUGGAGGGACUAUUGCCUGUAAGCUACCUGACUUGCACAGUUGUCACAGUCCAAACACGUGAAGCUAAUUGGCUCUCUUCUCCCUUAAUUUCUUGUUAUCGCGUUUGCAGCGUUGAGGAAAGAGGUUUACAUUCAGAUACAAGAUUUCAGUGUUAGUCUUAACAUUUUUGUUACAUUUUUGGUAUUCAUUUAAAAUAUCUUACAUUUUUGACAAUAACAUGUUAUGCCCUCUGAAUUUAAUAAACUGUGAUAUCAAAUCUAA